ACGAACAAUGUGCGCCUGCUACAGCGCCCACCGAUGCGUAGGGGCAGGUACUCUAUCAAGCCGUUUCCCCUUUGGAAGCAGUCCCCUCCUGCCUCCGACCCACUUGACACAAACAGAACAUAGCUCAAGCGAACAUGGAUACCACGAAAGCGAGUGACGGCUGCUACAGUCAGGCUUGUAGCAGGUCAUUAGCACCGACCCGUCCUUCCUCAUCGUCAUCGCUUCAACAAUCCUCACAUUCACUCCAAGCAGAACAUACAACCGUAUCCGACCGUGCAAGACCUACGCAGACUUUCAAAGUCACCGCCAAUAUUACACUGAACGUCCUAGGCGCCCGACACCGAUACCUUGGCGCACACCUUCCGAACAUGCCACCCGCGGACGUCUUUGAAAACAGACUCGAGCGUGGCUAUGACGGCGCCAGCUCGCCACCUGUAAGAUCAUUCAUCGCGUAUGGCACUAGUAGUGCCAACGCGGCGGUGGGCACGAGCAACGAUGUCAAACACAACGACGCCAGACGAGCUGCUGCCGCUGCCGGCUAUGCAACCUCCGCGAACAGCGGCGCCAUCCCGAAUGGUGCCAUCGUUGCGCUUCUGCCAGCCGCCAACGAGGACGACUACGACAUGCGAGAGGUGGCAGAGUGGCGAUCGCAAGAGAACCGUGUCUAUCCCAACCACUUCUGCGCUUGGAACUGUUGCUACACACUACCCCCGGAAGUGUCAGAUCACAGAACUUGGCGUUCGAAUGCUCGUCAAGCAAAUGCUUCCCUCAAGCAGCGAAGGGGGCCAUCACUUCGACUUCAGUUCCAGAGUCCGCUGCAUACGGCGCAGAUCGACCACUUGCCAGUCUGCCACGAGCGGUGCUGGCAGGCUGAACUAGCACGUCUGAUGCGCGAGAGUGGUGGUAAAGUCGAUUGUGCGAGCUUGCCCCUAUGCCAUCGCACGUGUUACCUCCAGAAGAUCUUUAGGGAGCAGCAUGACGGAUCGUUUAAAGAAGUUGUGCCCUGGGCGAGAUCCUUGAAGGAAAGGUGUCGGUGGCACAAGUUUCAGCAUUGGGCCACGAGAGAGAUCGCAAGUCACGGAGGGUGCUGAUGAUGCAUUUCACGUAACGUACAGUAGCGGACGACGAGCAGCUGAAUCUGACCUAAGGAGUGCCUAAAUGAUUAAGCGUCC